AGAUGGAUGCCGAGCGAGUGAAUGCGGGGCCUGAGGGCAGCGACUGGACAUUGGCCUCGGCUCCAACUCCAGGCUCAAAAACGGAGCCUGAUCAACGGCUCCGGCAGCAGCAGCUUCUUCGCAUCCUGGGUCACUACGAACCCGUGCUGACUUACUGGCAGAGUUUGUUGGUGUGGGAGAGGCCGCUGCACAGCCUGCUUCUAUACUUGAGCGUCAACGCCAGCUUCUGGUUUCUGGCACUAACCUCGCUGAGACUUGUAUUCCUCACUGCAUUCGGUCUAAUAAUUAUUGUAUGUGCUGACACCUGGAAGACUAAAAUCUGGCCUGAACUCCAAGUGAUGCACAUGGAAGACAGUGAUGCUGAGAGUUAUUUCUUCCCAUGCAGCUGGGGACUUGUUCACCCAAAACUGCUCAGCGUUCCUGAACUUUGUCACAGAAUGGCAGACCUUUCACUCAGUGCAGAGAGGUUUUUGAAGAAUUUGUACCAUUUUAAAAAACAAAAUCCUGGUAAGUUUUGUCUUCUGGUGUGUGGUGUGUUCACAUUCCUGGCUGUAAUUGGACGCUACAUUCCUGGUCUCUUCCUGUCCUACAUCAGUUUAAUUGGUAUACUGUUCUGGCCCCUGGCUAGUUAUCACCAACUGGGGCUAAAGAUUAAUGCCAGAAUUGAACCUGUGCUUAAGCGGCUGGAUUUCAGCAUGAAGGGAUACAUGUUGGCAAAACAGCAGGAAAGACAGCUACGUCGCCGAGCACCAGCUGUCAGAACUGCAGAUGAUGGAAGUGACAGUGAAGCUGAAUUAGCUGCCUUCUGCCCUAAGCUUGAUGACUCCAUAAUUGCUAAGGAACUGGAAAUUUCAGACUCUGAGCAUUCUGACACUGAGGUAUCGUAUGCUGACAAUGGAACUUUCAACUUAUCCCGAGGGCAGACACCGAUAACAGAUGGCUCUGAAGAUCUUGAUCGUCAUAGUGACCCAGAGGAGUCAUUUGCAAGAGAUCUACCAGAAUUCCCAUCAAUAAACCCAAAUGUGGCUGGGUUGGAUGAUGAUGAUGAUGAUACCAGCCUGGGUAUUCCAACAGCUCCCUACCAAGCUUCGGCACAGGAAGAUGUGAGCUUGUUUUCUGAUCAGGAGGAUAUUGAUGUAGAUAUAUCCCUCAGUGGGCUGCCAUCACCUCUGAAUUUCACAGGCAGCCAAGGUUUAACUCUGGCAGGGGCACUAGCCAGUAAUAUGAUGGCAGCUGCACUAUCAGGAGCAGAUCGAGAGGCCCAAAUGGUGAGGGACAAUCCUCCAAGGUUUGCUUCACAGACCUAUCAUGAACACUCAGGUACAGAAAUGGACACUGAUGCAGAGGGGGAUGAUUUUGAACUGUUGGAUCAGUCAGAGCUGAAUCAAUAUGAGAAUAUCACUUCACAGGAUCGAGCCUCAAGACAACACUCAAAGGCAGGUUUCCUUUCAAAUUUCCUCCGAAAACAAUAGGUUUGUGGGUAUUGGUGUUGCCAAAUUAUAUCAUCCUGGACCCAGUAGACUUUCGUUGGAAGACAAUGUUGCCAUAAUCCCGUUGUUGCAAUAACACUGUCUGUUAUUCCUGCUACUGUUGUGCAUAGUUUAACUAGUGGUUGCCUCUGGUUACUACUACUUCCUCGCGGUGGACAGAAAUUCACAGCUAAGAGAGUUGUAGCAUUUAUUGCUAUCUGUCAUUGCAGGUUUGUUUGGUGCCCUUUCCAGUUCAUUUGGUUUGAAAUGCUAUCAUCCCAGAUAGGUUGUUUUAAGGGAUGAUGAAGCCAUUCUGCACAGUGCACUUCCAAAAUUGUGCUAAUCAUCAUUAAGUGUUAUUGAUUUUUGACUUUGCACAGUUACUGUUUUGAGGGAUAGAAGUUCUUCAGAAGGAGUUUUGGUGGGACAUUACUUGUUGACAGCGCUAUCUCUAAUCAUAGAAGUUUCUUCUGUGUUCCUGCUUCAAAAGGUAAAAAAACUAACCAACAAAUUUUGUCAGCAACCAAGGUGUGGAGUUGGUGCAGGGUAAUCCAGACUUUAUUUGAUUAGUUGAAUUCUAGAAAAUACACCAGUUAGCACUUACUGACAAGCAUUAGGGAGUUGUCAAGUAAAGAGACUUAAUCGACUUUACAGCGUGUGUAAUGCAUUGAGCAACAAAAUUCAUAAUUGACGGAGAUUAAUGUUGCUAUUAUUCAUUCAGAAUAGCAAGGUUGAAAAAAUUCCAGAAUAAAAGCUUUGAGCUUUGUCCUUAGCCAGAGACAAUAACUAAGUUGUUCAUAGGAAGAGUUGGCUAAGAUUUUUGGGAAUGUAUACGUGGAGUCAACUUUGCUGUUCUAUUUAUUCAUCACUAUAUAGAAAAGUUCAUAAUAUAGCAAAACUGAACAGAGACUAUUUAUAUAAUGGAGGCUUGGUUUUUAAAGCCUAGUGAGGAGAUUUGUGGGAUUUGGUGUGUUUAUCUCGUAUUUAUAAAUUGAUUAAUUCUCAGCAAUGAAAUACUUUUGAAUUUAAAUUGAUUUUUAAAUAUACUUUAGAUGGCGCAAACUCCUUUAUUGUAUUGUGCUUUUGAUUUCUGUAACCAUGCAGCUUUUUGCUGCUUAAGCAAUUUUUAAAAAUUCAUUUGUUUAAAUUUUUUCAAGCUAUUCCUUAAGAUCACUGCAUUCUACAGUUCUCAUUGGUGACCAGCUUUCCAAUUCUAACUGUUAUGCCGAAAAUGUACAUGACCAGAAUGAAGGGUUCAAAAACAGCUGAGUUGAGUUUGGGUUGUAUGCCGUGAGCUAACACUGGAUACUGAUAGUAGAUAGAAAUACUUUUGUGUCGAAUGUCCAAAGACCCAAACUGUCAACAUGGAGGGGAGCUGCCUCUUUUGCCAGCUUUUAAGGGCAUCAGAGACAUAGCUGUAGUAAGGGAUUGGAUGGUGGAGGGUGCUGGAUUGGUUUACUGUACCCCUCUGAGUCUGCAUUGACGUAGCAUGCAUCAUUUUUCCAACAGUUGAGAAAUCCAGACAUCAAACUUGAUAAAUAUGGAAUUCACUGCUAUACCUGUGCAAGUUGUCAGUGGAUAAUGCAGGAGAAAGUGAGGUCUGCAGAUGCUGGAGAUCAGAGCUGAAAAUGUGUUGCUGGAA